AGCAGCGCCGAGUGUCGCGCUGCGCUGGGCAGGGAGCGGCGGGGGCUGCGCCACAACAGAGCGGGGCCCGCCCGGCGCAGCGGCCGCACCGGGAACCGGACCGGGGGCAGCGGCUGCACCGGCACAGCCAGGAAGCUGCGGCCUCUCGAGCCGUACCGGGAAGCGCCGCGGGGUCACUGCGGCGCCCACCGGGGCCGCUUCUACCCCUCGGCCCUGCGCAGGGCGCCGGCGGCACCCGCCCCUUCCCCCGCGGCCUCGCUGUCUCAGGCCUUUCUUAAAUCUUUCCAUGUCUAAAUGGACUCCUGAAUGUAAUAUAGUUUAUACUCUAAAAGCGGAUAUGAAGAGUGAAGUUCCUUCUGAUGCACCAAAGAGACAGGAGAGUCUGAAGGGGAUCCUCUUGAACCCUGAGCCUAUUGGGGAGGCCAAGAGCUUCACUGCAGAAGUUGAGAUGAUUGCCAGUAAAGUAGGGAAUGAGUUCUCUCACUUGUGUGGUGAUUCUCAAAAGCAAAAGGACAUGAAUGGCAAUCAUACAGACCAAGAAAAAGGUAUUGUGGUGCGAAAAAAACGCAAGAGCCAGCAGGCUGGUCCUUCAUACACUCAAAACUGUCCUGAUAAAGAAAAUAAAGGAAUCUUAGGAUUGAGACAGCAUCUAGAAACACAGAGUGAAGACAAUGAUUCUUCUUUUAGUGACUGUAUCUCAUCGCCUUCAUCUAGCUUGCAUUUUGGAGACUCUGACACAGUAACAUCUGAUGAAGAAAAAGAUGCUCCUGUGAGACACCCUCAGGCAGUGCUGAAUACUCCAAGUAGAACUCACAGUGCAAGGUCACAGAAGUGGCCUCGGACUGAGGCAGACUCUGUACCUGGGUUAUUGAUGAAAAGGCCCUGUUUUCACAACAGUUCUUUAAGAAGACUUCCAUAUAGGAAGAGAGCUGUGAAAACAAGUUCAUCACAGCGGACACAGAACCAAAAAGAACGAAUUUUAAUGCAGAGGAAAAAGCGGGAAGUGUUAGCUCGAAGAAAGUAUGCUUUACUCCCCAGUUCUAGCAGCUCCAGUGAGAAUGAUCUCAGUACUGAAUCUUCUUCCAGUUCAUCUACUGAAGGGGAGGAAGACUUGUUUGUGUCACCUGGUGAAAACCACCAGAAUAGCACAGCUGUUCCUUCAGGAAGCAUUGAUGAAGAUGUUGUGGUGAUUGAAGCAUCCUCCACUCCCCAAGUCACUGCUAAUGAAGAAAUAAAUGUUACCUCAACAGACAGUGAAGUGGAGAUUGUCACAGUUGGUGAAAACUACAGGUCCCGCUCGGCGCUCGGACACUCGCGCUCGCACUGGGCCGCGGGCUCCAGCUCGCACGCGGCGCGGCCGCCGGAGCAGCGCUCCCGCAGCAGGGUCUCCACCGUCAUCCAGCCCCUGCGGCAGAAUGCCGCCGAAGUCGUGGACCUCACCGUGGAUGAAGAUGAGCCGACAGUUGUGCCAACCACAUCAGCUCGAGUGGAGCCGCAGGCCGUGAGUUCUGCUUCCACUACCAGCUCCAGUACGUCUACCUCAGAGCAGGCCUCUGAUGCAGCUCCCAAUGUCUCCACCAGCCAGCCCUCUGCAGCACCAGAGACCACUCCCAGUCUCCCCAGUGGCAGCACUGCUGGCACUUCAACUGGAGAUGAAAUAAGAAGAGCUGCAUCCAAUUCAACACUGGAAACUGGCCCUCCGGCCAUGCCAAGGCUACCAUCAUGCUGCCCCCAGCAUUCUCCUUGUGGAGGACCUUCACAGACUCAUCAUGCAUUGGGGCACCCACAUACCAGCUGCUUCCAGCAGCAUGGCCACCACUUCCAGCAUCACCACCAUCACCACCACAACCCUCACCCAGCUGUCCCGCUGUCUCCUUCGUUCAGUGACUCCAGCUGCCCUGUGGAAAGGCCUCCUCCUGUGCCUGCCCCAUGUGGAGCAAGCAGCAGUUCUGGCACCAGUUACCACGAGCAGCAGGCAUUGCCGGUAGACUUGAGCAGCAGCGGGAUCAGGAGCCACGGCAGUGGCGCUUUCCACGGAACGUCGGCGUUUGACCCGUGCUGUCCCGGCUCCUCGUCGCGCACGGCGCUCUACGGGCACCAGGCGGGCGCCGGGCCCAGCCAGGCCCUGGCCAUCGACGGCUACGGCUCGGGCAUCGUGGCACAGCCGCAGCCACAGCCGCCGCCCCAGGCCUCGCUCUCGUCCUGCCGCCACUACAUGCACUCUCCCUAUGCUUCCUUGACCAGACCUCUUCACCAUCAAGCUUCUGCAUGUCCUCACUCUCAUGGAAAUCCUCCUCCACAGCCACAACCUCCACCUCAAGUGGAUUACGUUAUCCCUCAUCCAGUGCAUCCCUUUCAUCCUUCGAUCUCCUCUCAUGCAUCUUCUCAUCCUGUUCCACCUCCACCACCAACUCAUCCCUUAGCCAAUGCAGCUGCUCCAAUACCACAGCAUCUCCCUGCAACACACCAGCCAAUAUCCCAUCACAUCCCUACAACAGCACCUCCAGCUCAGAGGCUACAUCCUCAUGAAGUGAUCCAGAGGAUGGAGGUCCAGAGAAGAAGGAUGAUGCAACACCCAACACGUGCUCAUGAGCGUCCUCCUCCACAUCCUCACAGAAUGCAUCCUAAUUAUGGUCAUGGACAUCACAUCCAUGUGCCUCAGACAAUGUCUUCCCAUCCUCGACAAGCUCCAGAGAGAUCUGCCUGGGAACUAGGAAUUGAAGCUGGUGUGACUGCAGCUACUUACCCUCCAGGGCCCUUGCAUCCUCACCUGGCCCACUACCAUGCACCUCCUCGACUGCAUCACUUGCAAAUAGGGGCUCUUCCUCUAAUGGUACCAGACAUGGCGGGCUACCCUCACAUCCGUUACAUUUCAUCGGGAUUGGAUGGAACAUCAUUCAGAGGCCCUUUCAGGGGCAAUUUUGAGGAGCUGAUUCACUUGGAGGAACGACUAGGCAAUGUUAAUCGUGGAGCAACACAGGGAACUAUAGAAAGAUGCACAUAUCCACAUAAAUACAAAAAGGUAACAACUGAUUGGUUCUCACAGAGGAAACUGCACUGCAAACAAGAUGGGGAGGAAGGAACAGAAGAAGACACAGAGGAAAAGUGCACCAUCUGUUUGUCUAUAUUGGAGGAAGGUGAAGAUGUCAGGCGCCUUCCAUGUAUGCACCUUUUCCACCAAGUGUGUGUAGAUCAGUGGUUGAUUACUAAUAAGAAGUGCCCCAUUUGCAGAGUGGACAUUGAGGCUCAGCUGCCUAGUGAAAGUUGACACUGCUUUCCAGAACUCUUGUCCUCCCUCUCACUCCCUCUCAUCCUUGCUGGUACUGCAGUCAACCAAAGAUGGCAUGACUUACCUGCGCAGAUUUGGAAGCAUUGAACCCAGAGUGCUGGCUCUGCUAUAUGGUACAACUAAUGCUAGACCUACAGUUUAUGUAGAAGACAGUUGAGUUUCAGUGUAUUUAUAAAUUUGUUUUGUUUUACAUUUUUUUCUUUCAAUUCAUUACUGUAUUUUUGCAUGGUUCCUUGUAUUGCAUUUGUUUGCACAUAUUAUGGGCUUUGUGACCCCAGACUUGCAGGCAAGAUUAGCUGCUUUAGUAAGUAGAAUUGUGUGGUCUCUUUUUUGGUUUGUUUUAUGUAGUAUCAAGCUUUGAAAGUAUGAUUUCACUCAUUACUAACCCUGAAUUCCUUAAUUUAAUCGAUCAUAUAUAUUUUAGUUUAAAUGUAUAAAGAUCAUCUAGAAAAGGAUAAUAUUAUGUAUUGAGACAUUCCUUAAUUAGGAAAAAAUGGCUGCUGUAUAUUUACAAGAUCAGUUAUGAGUCAAAUAACAUCCUUAAUACUGGGAACAGAAUAUGAAUUAUAUUCAGUUUGACUGAUACAGAUAGCAUACUCAUCACCAGAGUUUUUGUCUGAUCAGAUUUUUGUGUUUGUUUUUAAAAUUUCAGCACAAUGCAGAUAUAUUUGAAUGUCAAUAUUAAACAUUUAGACUGCUGUUCAGAUUGUAUUUAUCAUUUUCUUCUAUGUCUAGAAAUUUGAAUCCCUAACUUAAAUAUAUGCUGCUGUGAAACAGCUCUUAGUGAACACUAAAUGUUGAUUUCAGUUAGCUGGAUUGUAGAUACUUGCAGACUGAAAGAAUUAUUAGGGACAUGGAAAAAGACCUUAGAAUCUGUUUGGUCUUCUGCUAACUUAAGUUGAAGUAUCUGCGCACAUUGAGGGUUGGUUUUUUUUGGGAUUUUUUUUGGCUAUGUUUUUUGUUUAUUUGUUUGGGUUUUGUUGGUUUGUGGUUUUUUUUUUAAUAUAAAACCAUUCAAUAAGGACUUAAAGCUGCAGGGUUUUUGUUUGGGUUUAUAUACGUGAAUUCAUAGAAUUUCUAAGGAUUCCAGGCUUGUCUUGGGAUUUUUAUUAGAUUUAAAGUUAAUAAAGUUAGCUAAAUCCA